AUGCCUCCGGGCGCGGCCAUGGUGUGUUACGCUGACGACACUUUGGUCCUGCUCGGAGGUCGCGGGUGGCACGAAACGUUGCACAUCGGCGAAGUCGCAACGGCCUGCGCGAUACGUGCGGUACGCGGACUGAGCCUAAGGGUCUCCCCUGUGAAGUCGGAGGCCAUCUGGUUCUACGACAAGAAAAGGCGUGGGGCUCCUUCGCCCGGACUGAGCGUAAGCAUGGAGGGAGAAACUGUCCGGGUGGGAUCGCGAAUGCGAUACCUGGGUCUUGACAUCGACAGCCAGUGGACGUUCGAGCCGCACUUCGACUCCCUGAUCCCGAGGGCGACGGCGGCUGUCAACGCCUUGUGCGGCCUACUGCUGAACAUCGUCGGGGCGGGAGUCGCGGUGCGCCGACUAUACGAGGGCGUCGUUCAGUACCGGGUGAUGUACGGGGCCCCUACUAUGGGCGGACGAUCUGAUGGCGAGUCGCCGCAGCAUCCUGCUUCUCUCAUGCUUGCCAUCUGA